UCUCCGUGUUCCCCAGUGGACGCAUCUUUUGUUACCAUGGCCGGUGUCCGAGUCGCAAAGGACCUUUUCUUAUGGUCCAUGUCCGUUAUAUAUUUAUUUGCAUUUGGCUCCUUAUAUGUGCAGCUUCCAGGUUUAUUCGGGGACAAUGGAAUCCUGCCAGCAAGACUUGUCGUAAAGCCAGCAGCCAACUCGUGGGGAGAGCUUUUGGAUGACCACCCAACGCUACUGCGGCUCACCCCAAAGCUAGGUCUGAGUACCCAGAGUGCCAUGGAUUUGCUGUGUCUGGCUGGGAUUGUCACCUCCUUCAUGUGCAUGGUGUUUAAGGGACUGAGGGACACUGUCAGUUUCAUCGUACUCUGGAUGCUCUACCUCUCACUUUAUCAUGCAGGCCAGACAUUCCUUUGGUUUCAGUGGGAUAUUCUUCUGUUGGAGACUGGGUUCCUGGCCAUUCUCGUCGCUCCUCUCAAUCUCAAUGUGUUUGGAUUGAGAAGUUCCAGUUACCACCAUCAUGAUAACAUCACCAUGUGGCUGGUCAAGUGGCUACUCUUCCGUCUGAUGUUUGCCUCAGGGGUGGUCAAACUGACCAGCAAGUGCCCUACAUGGUGGGGUCUCACAGCUCUUGUUUACCAUUUUGAAACGCAGUGUAUCCCUACCCCAGCCGCCUGGUUCUGGAGCCAGUUCCCCACUUGGUUGUUAAAGCUCAGUGUGGUUAUCACUUACUUCAUUGAAAUCCCACUUCCAUUUCUGUUUUUCGCCCCUGUUAGAUGUCUGAGAUUGUUUGCCUUUUGGAUGCAGGUGUUACUCCAAGUUCUUAUCAUGAUAACAGGGAACUACAACUUCUUCAACUUGCUCACCAUUGUCCUGUGUUUUUCUUUGCUGGAUGAUGAGCUCUUCUUCCGCAAGAAGGCUAGUGGUGCUAAGACUAAGAGAUCCUUGAUCUGGACCAUUCUGCGUAUCAUCUCUAAUGUGGUCUUCCCCUUGGCCGUGUUUGCCUUCUCCGGGUUUUUCCUUGUAAAACUGUUUGGGCUCCACUUUGAGAAGGAUUACACCAUUCAGUCCAAUAUCCAGUUUGACUACCAGAAGUUUACUGAAUGGCUGAAGUUUAUCAUGCCUUAUACCAUGUGGUUGGGUGUUUUGUCACUGGGAUAUGAAAUAUUUAUUUCAGUUCUACGGUCUCUGAAGGAGGAGAAGAGUCAGGUGCAGAAGGUGUGGUCCCUCCUCAAAGUGGUGGUGUUUGGGGCAGUGGCUGUGGGCAUGUUCUCCAUCAGUCUGGUGUCUCUUAAUGUGAUUGAGGGGGAAUCAUACUGGCGUUUACCGUCCACUGUUAGAAUUUGGCAUAAGCGUGUUGAAAGUUUUGAACUAACUAGCUCCUAUGGCCUUUUCAGAGUAAUGACAGGGGUAGGUGGAAGACCAGAGGUCAUCAUCGAAGGUCGUAACCGUUUAAAUGGGGAGUGGAAGGAGUACGAAUUUUUGUACAAACCUGGUAAUGUCUCCAGGGCUCCACCUAUUGUAGCCCCUCAUCAACCACGUCUCGACUGGCAGCUGUGGUUCGCCGCCUUGGGGAAUUACCAGAACAACCCAUGGUUCCUGAACCUGAUCUACCGCUUACUGACUGGACAGAAGGAGGUGUUGGACCUGAUAGCUCACAACCCUUUCCCCAGUGCACCCCCUAAGUAUAUGAGGGCCACGCUCUACCACUACCACUUCACCAAGGACCAGCCUGAUUAUGAUGGUUACACGACUGAAGACUGGUGGACCAGAACGAAACAUAUGGAAUAUCUACCGGAGCUGAUGGUACAAGAUGAAACCUUUGUCAGCUACUUGAAAAGCGCCAAUAUCAUACAGGAGGGGCGUCCUCCAGAGCCCUCCACCAUCUUUGGGUCAAUUUUGGAUUUUAUUCGUGCCCAGAUUGGUGGCACAGAGGGAUUCACAUUCGUCAUGUCAUUGUUCGGCUUAGGAAUAGCCAUCCAGAUGCUCAACGGGCUCUUCUUCUAACACAAGAAGAAAAGACGUGACCUAGAAUAGUUUACCUUGACGUAGUAUUUUUUCAUGUAGCAUUUGAAUUAACUCUGUUCUUCAGUAUAAUACCGUAUAUUGUUGACCUCAGCAGUGGUCCCUUUGUGCUGCAUGUAAGCUUUCAUUCUUUAGGAUUUAUCAGAUACCUUGUGUAUAGCAUCACCUUUUACUUUGAUCCGGUUAGCUUGGUUUUAACUUCACUAUUAUUUACAUAUUUCGUUCUGCAUUUGCGCCGUCCUAGUAAUUGACAUAUUCUAUGAUGCGAACUGUAUUCAUAGACACCUCACUUAGCCUCUCUGGGUAAGUUGGGCUGUGUUUCCAAGUAAGUUGGACUGUAUACUUUACUAUCGUUUUCUUUAGUAGAUUCGUUCCAAAAUAUACAUAAUUAUGUAUCAACAAAAAAGGCUUUAUGCUGAACUAUGCUUUGUUUUCUGUAACAGAUUUAAGCAAAACAUCAUAUUUGAGGAUGUUUACAUGCUGAGAAAGCCAAGAUCUUUGACUAGAAUCUCUUUGGUCUUUGCUGGCUUAAAAAGCACAAUUUGAUGCAAAGCAGUUUUUAUUUUGGGUGUUAGAGGACUUGUACUCUGCUUUUGACAGAGUAUACAUACUGUUGCGUGUUACCUAUGUUCCAAGUUAGGUGGAUCAUAUGGUAUAGUAAUGGUGUUUUAAAUCCUGCUGUUAAACAGUGUUUUGUAACGGAACUUGUAACUUUGUUUUCACGCACAUGUCAGUAGGUAGGUUUCAUGUCUGCAUCAGCUUUGAGCAGUGUAAAGUAUAUUCAGUUCACUGUUGUUUACAUAUAAACUCACUGGCUGGUUUAAGACAAAGAUUUUGUUAAUUUUUUUAAUUUCAGUUUCUAAAAAGGGGGAUGGAUCUUUAUGUAUUUGAACUACAUAUACGGUGAGCAAGUUAAUUAUUGGCCUGUAAUUAAAGGGCAAACUGAAUGACGUUACCAGCUAUAGAAUUGAUUAUACAUGCCGAGAAGGCACUUGCUAGUACAAGAGGAUGUUCUUCUUGGAAGUGCUUGAGAUUUUUGACACGUAUAUGUAACCAUGGCCCGUUUUAAACAUACAGAUGCCCAUUUUCACGAAAUUUUAAUCUUCCAGUUAUUGUUAAAUUUUCCGUUGUUGCAAUGGAUGGAUAUGGUGAAAGAUAUUUUUUGCUUAUCGCUGUUUUCUGUUUAUAAUGAAUUUUUACCAUUCAUUCGCAGAUGGAAUAUUUUUGUAAUAGUGAUUUGUUUUAAAUCUAUCUUAGAUUGCAUAAUAUUUUAUUUUGCAAACAACCCAAAAUGGCUGCAUGGAAUGAUUUUUUUUUUUUUUUAACAUAAAAAUAAAAUUAAAAUGAAAAGUUUUCAUUUCACUGUUAUGUUCUUGUCUUGUUCUUACAGUUUCACAAUCCUCAUUGUGUUUACUAAAAUGGUUUCUGGCUACUGCAAUUCUUCUGUACCUUUUAAUUGAUCUGUCUAGGGUGAUAAAAUUAUAUUUUUUCAAUAGCCCCAAAGUUGGUCAAUCCAGCCAAUAUACAUGUAGUUGUGUCUCUGAAUUCAAAUAAUACAGAUGCAUAUAAUAUAAAAUAUAAAUUAUAUAUGUAUUGACUACAAUAUAGAAUGUAGCCAAAUUAACUUUUAUCUAAUAAACAGGUUGAGAAAUUAAAAUUUAAAGAAGAACAACAUUACCAUGAACAUGUUUUCGUACAAAUAACACAGGAAAACCAUAAACAUUGGUUACACAUCUUUUUUUCACAAAAUUCAAAAUCAGAAGGAGUUAAAGUAGUGUAAGCUCUGGAGCGGAUCAAGAAGUGACCAUUAAAGAGGACAGUGGACGUCACACAGUGACAGUCAUGCACACCAAUCUUAAGUUCUUGCCUCUUGUCAUAUGUCCAUCACAGAUUUUCUUAAGUCACCAUGUGUAUGUGACAUCAGCAGUCAAAAGUAGGUCAACUGCAGCAGGUGGAAAUUCCAUACUGUAAACCUGUUUUCUUAAUUUGGAGGGUAGUCAGAAUUAGUCUGUGAAAAUUCUAACACACAAUACAGUUUAUACUGAUGCAUUGAAAUACUUUUUUGUUUGUUUUUUUUACAGAUUUAGAAAUCAUAAUAAUGUUUCUCUUGAAGAUCAAACCUAAUCCAUGAUUUUCAUAGAAGAUCUUUGUUGGAUGAUUGUCAUGUCGUAGAGGUUUCAUCUUGGUGCUCAGUUCUCAUCUAAGCUUUGUAUUAAAUGCCGUAAAUAUUUAUGGUUUGUCUGCGCUGUAAAACACCAGGAAAUGUUCUUUGUCCACCUAUUUUCUUUAAGGCAGCAAGUUCUGGAGGUUCAGAAGCGAACUAUACCAUGUAGAAAUACCACUAUUGUAAUAUUUGUGCCUUGUGCUUUACUUGUAUAUCUGGAUGUACCUAUGACUGCUGGUAGUUGUUGUAUGUUUGGUGUUGUAUGCUUCUCUAUUCUCUUCUUAAAAAGUUCUGUGUGAUUGUUCUGUUAGAAUACAGUAAGGUCAGUAACAAAAUACUGCUGAUAUUAAAGUAUAAUGUUUUAUCCAUUAAGCCCAUAUAUCUGGUGACAGUUGUAUGCCAUUUCUUUGGUAUUGUUUUUAAAAAAUAUGUGUCACACUUGUGCUGUGAUGAAGUUUUAUGUAGUUCUUUGGUGUAGCCUAAUGCAUUGCUAGAAACUUUGUGGACUGAUUGUAAAUUUGAUAGAAAUAUUCUGGCCAGUAUCGUAAGAUAAAACUGUCCCUUCUUGUAGCAUGACUCUUUGUAUUGCUACUGUAGAUUAAGUGUUUGAAAAAUGAUUGUGGCAAAUUGCAUUUGGCCGUUGAAGUUUGUGGCUGGUCAGUACAUGAUGAUGCCAGCGACUGUAAAAUAAAACAUCUGCUGUUUAGUUCGGAAUUAAUCAGCAAAAAUUCUUUGAAAUUGAAACUUGUGAACAAUAAAUGACAUGAGUUGAAAGGUUCAUACGAGUUGCACAAGUACUUGUAUUUGUGCUUUUUAAUCCUUUGAUAUAUAUCUCCCAGUGAUCAAGAUGGAACUGUGUGAGUUUAUCUUGAUGUGGUUUGGAGUCUAAUUGUUGAAAUGAAGUCUAGAAUAUGACAGUUUUCGAUCAAUCAUUAGAGAACUCUGUGAGGAUUGAUGUGAACUUAAGCGUGAAGUGAGUAGUGGAAUAGCCAGUCAACUAUAUACACAGUAUACUAUGUGAUAGACUUGUAUUUGGGUUUAGUGCUGCGUGUUUAGCACACUGUGUUCAUACUCUUUGAUCUCAGGCUGUUGUGAGUCUUGUGUAACAUGGUUUUGGUGAUAUUCCCGUCGUCACUGUAUCUAGACGUGUAUUUAUAUGUAGAUUGUACAUGUGGCCCUCUCAAUUUGGCAACAGUCUUCCAUCUACAUGUACAUUGCGAGAUUGACGUUGUUCUGCCGUGCCUGUGGCAGAUGUCACUUCUGCCUUUUUUACCAACUUGCUUAUAAACUGAAGGUGAUUGGAAUUUACAUGUAGAUACUGGAUUAUUAAGGGUGCUUUAUUUUAGCAGUUUUGAUUUCUAUCAUAUCAUCACGGCUAGUCUACUGGGUAGGACACAGUUGGGAACCACAUAAUUCUGAAAAUUAGAAACUAUUUAGAUAAUAACUUACACUAGUCGCUGGUGCUGGUUUUAUAAUAAUAUUUUCAACUUAUAGAUGUUACUAUGAUUGUUUUAGUAAUAAAAAAAAUUUUUAAUGUUUACUUAUCACUGUAACUUCCCUAAAGACCUCUCACUGCCAGUAGAUAUCAUUUCUGUCUAUAGUGUGCAGUGAUUUCCUUCAGAAAUGAAAUAAACACUUCUUUUC